AUGCAUUCCUUCUGCGCCGCAUGCACAGCUCUCACUCACAACCUUUCACACCAUCCGGUAACUGCCAGUGGUUUCGCGACCGAGCGCAUCAAGGAGAUGGCUCGGAAGUCGCGAGCUCGGACUUUUAGGCCCGGACUACUGCCGGCCGUCCUGAUCGGCCUCCUAGCCUGCGCCGGACAGACCGAGCCGAUCGGCCCGGACCUGAGAUGCCCGGAUUAUGUUGUUGACUACGCGCCCUUUAUAUGGCUACACCCAGAGGAGAAAUACAUGCCCAGUGAUCUACUUGCGCAUAUACAACACACAACGCCAUUCCUCGAUGGCAAGCCAAUUGAGGGUCUCCCCUCGCUCGACUUAGAUAACUUGGAGGUUCUCAAUAAGUAUGGGGAUCGGGUUGCACUAACUUCAAAUGACAACAUUCUAUCAAAUCCGCCAUGGCUCUUUGGGGAGACUCCAGACGCAACCGGUCGCCUCCACAACUCAACCGCUUGCGUUGUUAUUCUAGUCGAGAAGAAUGAUGUAGACCUAGAUGCCUUCUACUUCUACUUCUACACUUACAACCAAGGAUCAAAUGUCACUCAAGUUCUAGAGCCAUUAAAGAGUCUAUUGAAAGGUGAUGAGGAACACAUGGCAAUGCACUUUGGAGAUCACGUUGGAGACUGGGAACAUAACAUGGUCCGUUUCCAGAACGGCAAGCCUACGGGCAUAUUCUACAGUCAGCAUGUAGAUGGAGGCGCAUAUCAGUGGGAUGACAAGAUCGUCUCGAAAACCAAGGUCGGACGGGAACUCAUGCAAAUUAUCCUACGACUGGUCAACAAGUACACAAUGCAGUUAUAA